AUGGGAAAUGAUCAGUCGACAGGAAAUGUUCUGCGCACAUCAGUAACUUCAAAGACACCAGUUUACCAUCCAAACAUUACUGUAGUCAAUUCUGGCCCGGUUGCUGGAGGUGGUUCUGGUGGGACGGCGUCGAAUACAUCUUUAGCAGAUGAUAACGAUAUAAGUAAACUAGCUGCCAUACCAAAGUUUUUACCAAUUCUCCGUUCGUCAAUCAAUCAGCAGAAUGAUCCCACACAAAUACCACAUUUAGAAAGUCGAUCGCUCUUGCAACUAUCAAUGCGUUUACAAACUCAUUUUCGUUUUUGUGCUGAAAUCAUUCAAACUGAACAAACACAAUUGAUAACUCGAAUGAAAGAAGUCGACACACGUUCAAAUUCUGUUCAGCAACGCCUCAUCGAUAAACAGAAGCGUUUUACUGGCUAUUGUGAACAAUCAAAAAAGUUACGCGAUAUAGCCACAACACUGAAACAGCUCGAUCAGUCGUUAACCACUCUCGCUGACCGAAUGCGAGUCAUCAAUUUAUGUUUACCACCUGAUGAACAACUACCGGCCUUAACAUUUCGCAAUAAACCUUCUGCCUCUUCUUGA